UCCUAGCGGCAGCGCUCGCUUGCCGUUGAGCAUGUUUCGAUGUUUUCCAAAUGGUUCCAUGUCUUUGUUGCCUCACAUUUAAGCCAUAAUAACUUGAAAACUAGAGCCUUAAAUUGAUGCCUGGAAACACAGACUUAUAGCAGGAUAUUAAGGCAGUUGCUCUGAGCAACAAUAUGGAUUUGAACGCAUAUAGGUCUAUUCUUUUCUUAUCUAUUUGUGGCUUGCGGUUCGUAGAUGCUGCUUUAAGCUGGGUCAGUAAUCCAUACAAUGGUAAUACAGUGUAUGCGCAAGAAGGCACUAGUUACACCUUUGACUGGAGGUUUAGUAGCACUUCCACAAGAAGUUUCAGUCAAUGGCAAGUUACAAAACCCCCUAAUUAUGUUGCUACAAAUAUUGCAACAAAGACUGGAGAAAAUGGACCAGUGCAAGUAGCCUCAGCAUACAAUGGCCGUGUAACUUUUGAAUCAGGAAACCAAGUUGGCUUUCGAUUAGACUCCUUGCAAGCUGCUGAUAAUGGCCGAUACAUGUGUAAUUUGCACUUUGCUGAUGGAGGCUUCCUGACUGACACAGCAAAUCUUGUUGUUGUUGUAAGGCCCCAGAUCACCUCAUCAACACCAUCACCUGUCUCCCUGGAGGAGGGACAAAGCAAAACGUUAAACUGUGUUGCCUCUGGAAAUCCAACUCCAACCAUAACAUGGUACCAUAAUAAUAUACAAGUUCAACAGACAGCCUCAGUUACUACCUCCAACUAUGAAAUCACUAAUGCUGGCCGUGACAAGAAAGGAACCUAUCGAUGUGAAGCUAGAGUUAUUGCAGGAAGCUUUGAUUUUGUGGCUUCUGGCAGUAUUGAAGUUAAAGUUGAAUACAAACCAGUUGUUAUAGAACUCACAGCAAACCAAUCUGUGGCCAAGAGCGCUUCGUUUGUGGAGUUUUUCUGCAAGGCUGAGGGUGAACCGGCAGUAUCAAGCUACUCCUGGUUUAAAGGUCAAACCACUGCAGUGUCGCCAAUAGCCAAUGACAAUAGCAAGUAUUUUAUAUCUGAUGGCAGCAAUGGUGAGAAGCGACUGCGGGUUAACACCCUACUGAAAGACGAUGCUGGCUGGUACACCUGUGCUGCACGUAAUUCAAGAGGGCUUGGACUUGGGAGCUCCACCUAUCUUACUGUGCUUUAUGCACCAGAAGUGAUGGACAUUACUUUCAUUCCAAGUGUGACGGUAGAUGAGUAUGAUGAUGUGACCCUGAGAUGCAUAUCAGAUGGUGGACCAAUACCCUUUUUCACCUGGAGAUUCAAAAAUGAAAACAAGGUAAUUCAAGGAUCAGGGGACAGAGGAAGGGACUUGGUGGUGAGCCGGGCAAAGAAGGACGAUGCUGGCAACUACACAUGUGUUGCAACUAACUCGCAGGGCGUCAACCAGCACUCAGAGCUGCUCUAUGUUAAACAUGCUCCGACCAUCACCACUCUAUCCACUGGUGCGUUUGACAAUGGUGUCGUGCUGAAUCAGAGGGCUACGCUCACCUGUAGCGCAGAUGGGUACCCCACUCCUACCUAUGAGAUCAAGAAGGAUGCCACCACUGUUCAUGGGCCAGGUGGAAAUGGCGUCUAUGUCAUCAACUCUGUGAAUUAUGUAGAUGAAGAUGCUGAAUGGUCAUGCAUCCCCAAGAAUGAGAAAGGGCAGGGACCUACCAAAAGGAUACGGAUCACUGUCCAAGUGGGUCCUGCAUUUGUUACAAGUCUUCCUCCAAAUGAUGGCACCAAAACAGAGAACGAAACAAGUAACUACACAUGUACCGCGGAUGGCAAACCAGCACCAGACAUACUCUGGUUUGUCAAUGGCCGCAAUGUCACAGUUGACUCCCCAGAGCUUGGCAGAGUGACUGCACAGGGAUCUGUGAGCCCUGCUAAUGUCAAGCUGAUUCGUGUAGAGAGUGUGCUGCAUGUCAUGUAUUCAUGGCUUCAUGACGGGAACAUCAGCUGUGUUGCUAGGAAUCCUGCUGGCUCAGUACAACAGACUACGCUACUACAAGUCAGAUACUGCCCUGUUGUUAAGACUUAUGCUGAUCACCCAAAGAAUGUGACCCUCGAUGAAGGUGGUGAUGCUACAUUUUCCUGCAGAACCAUUGGCAACCCAGUCACGGACUACGUAGAGUGGUACUUUAAUGAGGUUAAGAUACCUGACAGCCGUGGGAACUCCUUCACUCGUCGUAAUGUAGGUGGACGUGACGCAGGCCUGUACUCAUGCCGUGGCUUCAGCACCCUUUGCAAUAGGGGAGGGCCUCUCUUUGGAGCACACUUGUUCAUCAAGACUGGCCCCAGGAUAACAUUCUACCCUAAAGUCACCCGUGCUAAUGAAACUGGAUCAGCCCUGCUCUACUGCCGUGUCACAGGAGUUCCCGAACCUGUGGUCACAUGGUACAAGGAGGGGAAUGCCACUCUGUUACAUACCGGCAAGGAAUUCUUGGUUGGUAACCUGACUUACCAAGAUAGUGGAAAUUACAUUUGCCAAGCAGUUAAUUCUGAAGCUACGGAUAGAGCAACAUUAGAAUUGGUUGUCCAAGUUGUACCUGUCAUUACCACCGACAAGCCCACAGACACAGAUAUCGCAGGAGAGGCGGGCAAGGUCUCGUCCAUCCGCUGCUCAGCAAGAUCAGAGCCACCAGCUGAGUACUGGUGGACGCGGGGUAGCGACAGGAUCCCCCUCACGGGUAGCUCCCCCCGGGUCAGGUCCAUUAACGACGAGGGCAACUCGCGCACCCUGAUGAUUGAGGUGGCGUCUUUUGGGGAGACGUACUACUGUCAUGCUAGGAACAUCAUGGGCAGAGAUAUCCAGAAGUAUGUCAUCAGGGAAAAAGGGCCACCAGACGCACCCAUAGACAUCCGAGUGGUUGGUGUACAAGUCCCAAAUAUGAGGACGGUGGAUGUUAACAUCACAUGGACCCCAGGCUACAGUGGUGGCUUCCCCCAGCAGUUCACCGUCCACCACAAGCGGGCUACUGCAGGGGAGUACAUCAGCACUGUUCCCGACCCGGGGAACAGCUGGACAGUCAGCAACCUGCAGCCUUUUACAGCAUACAACUUCAUGGUGCAGUCGCAGAAUGUGCGUGGUCUCAGCCCUAAUUCUGCCGUACUCACCUACAUCACGCCACGGUCGACGUUACCACCCGCUCGAGGGACAUUCACAGUUGUCCGUAAUCCUGACGAUGCCACCCAAGUGUUCCUUUCGUGGACGGUUAACGAGAACGUCACUGCGACCUACAUCCAGUACCGCGAGGAGGUCCCAGCGAACGCACGCAGACGCCGCGACCUGGACGCGUCUAACCGCGAAAACCUCGACUUUGUGCCAGACCCAGACGACUUUCUCUACGAUGACCAGUUCAGCGAUUUCGACCUCCUCAGCGAUCUUCCCAUCUCCCGCCAGCGGCGAGCGGAUGAUGCGCAGGUUAGCUAUGGCCGCUGGGUCGACGUACAAGGGGCUCAGGGCUUGUCACCGAACGACACUGAGUUUACGGUGGUCAACCUGGACGCUUCUAAGGUCUACCAGUUCCGUGUCAUCUUCCUGUACCCCGGUGAGACCAUGGCAGAUAUCACAGAUGAGAUGUGGCUUGAGUCUCCGAAAAUUGUGCCAUUACCGGUGCCAGGUAAGCGGUCAGGCGGGCUGUCCACGGAUGAGCUGAUCGCCAUCAUUGGCGGGUGCGGAGGGGUACUGCUCAUCCUUCUCGUUAUCUUGGGGCUCUGCUGCAUCAAGAGGCGCAAGAAGCCUUAUGGAGCUGGCUCUGUGGAAAUGUCUCAGGCCAGCGGGUUGAACGCAUACCCGAGCUAUGCGGCGGGUGGCCCGGACAUCGCCCGAGUCAAUAACGAUAUCCAUCGUAGCUACGCUGGUGAGGACGUAGAAGACGACCCAUUCAUCGAGGCGCACAUCGCAACUCUGCAAGCUGUGGACGGCAAAAAGAAGAAAAAGCCCGAACCCCCGGUGAAUUACGGCUACGCUUCACAAGACUCUUUCCGGCCACAAGAAAUGCUUCUUAACCCUGGAUCCCGUGCAGGUCUGCGAGGCAUGAGCCGUAGCAUGGGGCAGCUGGAGGGCUCACCCCGCUCCAGCUACUCUGCCGCCGGGCCCCAACGGGACGGCGCCACCACCCUCCCGGCCUACCACGAGCCGCCCUCCUUUGAGGAAGCCAUCCGGCAGUCGGGGCGGAAAUCCAAGAACAAGAACCGCUCAACGGGGGAUUUGAUGGACCCUCCUGGCAGACUAAUGGAUGACUCUGAUGAGUCUAGUGAUACGGACCGUUAUUACCGUCCCCCGUCCAAGCUCAAGCUCCGCCCACCGAGCUCGGAUGAAGACCCAGGGUACUCAUCCGUGGAUGUGCUCAGUAACGGGAAUCGCCGCUCUGUCCCGGACGCUGCCAGGCUAGCAGAUCAAGGACUCCUGGAUCGGUCAGGGCCCUAUGCUCGUCCCAUGAAGCCGCCCAAAGGCAAACGUGGCCCUCCUUCAUCCACGACGAGCGAUUCUGUCAGGGAUUAUCGACCUCCGCCCGCUGACCCGUUCGUUGAUGAGCCAGCAUGGCCGGGUGGCUAUCACGAUGAAUACGACUCAUGGCCACCCCCACAGUACACUGCUGAAGACCGCGCGUCCAUUCCUGGGAUCGAGGAUGACUAUGAGCCGCGCGACUCUCGACGACGCCCGAUCAGCGGUAACAUGCUGGAGCUUGAGCCAGAUUACCGUAACGACCGUCUCCCUGAUCUCCCACCGCGCAUGCCCGAGCUUCACGGUAGCAGAGGCCUUAUGAAGGAACCACUUAACGACAGCCCGCUGCCAGAACCGCCCUCGUUUUUACGAGACUUCGUAGAAUCCGACGAUGAAUAUGUCCCACCGUCGUCUCGAUCUUUCACCGAACCGCGUACUCCGACCGGUCGCAGUAGACAGCCUUACGUCAAUAUCCACGGUCAACUGGUGCGGCCAGGUUCCCAAGGAUCUGACCUCAACCGCAACGAGCCCGAACCCGAGCCGGAACCUCGCCGAGCGAGUCCCGGAGUUCCAGACGAUAGAAAUCACGAAGUCGGCUAUGUCAGUAGCGGGUUCUUAGUGUGAGGCCUGUGCACUAGGCUAGUAUCACGUGACCAUGUGCGCACGUCGCCUGGCUCAGCACCUGGAUAACUGUCAGGGGAGGGGAUAGGUAUUUUUUUUUACAGUUUUCAUUCGACGAGUCAGGCGACGAGGUAUCGGCUAAUGCGAUUGAUUGACGGGCUCCACGUGACGUUCCUUGACAGACACAUGGAUUCUGACUUGUCGAGUACCUUCCAUGAAAGGAUCUGCAAGCCAAUAGGAAGUGGAAUGUACGAUCACGUGAGCAGUGCUGUUUCGGCCGGUCAGUCAACAGCGCUACGCCAAGUAGUCUAGUUAGGAUAAUCACGGCUGUGUUUCGAAUCAAAAGCGGACCGUUUUUUUUUACUAACACGCAUACGAAACAUUCCUUUAUGAAGGGGACCGUUCAGAUGCCCUGGGUUCCAAGAGUCCUCGCACUGCCGAGAGCGCUACGAACGAAUGCUUGUUUCGACUUAACGCUAGGCCUAUUAUAUGGAGCCUAGGAACGACGAGCCUCUGGUACCCAGGGAACUAUAAAACCAAUUCGAUCAAAAGGAAAAUAUUAUAACAAAUGCAAUAAGCGUGCACUAGGAAGCACCUGGUAUCACUUUUCUUAGUAAAAGAUAGCGUCCUUGCGUGCGAGUGUUCUCCCCCCAACAACUCCGCCCCCAUCCACCCCCAUCUUACAUCUUGGGGAAGGUGGGAGGGGGGGUGGGGGAGGACUCCGGGGGAGGACUCCGGCCCACAAGGGUAAAAGGGCGGGGCUCGAAGAGAGGAUGGACGACUUACCCUCACCUCCCUCCCUUGCCCCUCCUCUUCUGGUACCAGAAAAUGCUGUUAAUAUUAGGUUAGAUAUAUUAAAAUUUUGUAAAAAUGCACAUGACAGUUAAUAAAUGUGUGUUGUUUGAAAAUAACGUCAAAAGCACACACAAUUAAGUGGGAAAGUUUCUCUGUUUGGAAACCCAGGCUUUCUAAAUGGCCCGAAUUCUGUGAACUUCCCAACAACCUCGCGACCAGGGUCCCUGAGUUUGCGGGGAGACCAAGAACCAUCCAGCGUUUCUUUUUAAUGUAAUCAAGCGGCCUCUAACCACAGUGAACUAUAAAUCAAAUAUUUGAAACGCUUAAUGCGAAUGUCACAGACGUAAAUAAUCCCUAUUUUAGCGUUGUGUUCAAUCCUGUUUUCACAAGCAUGGCAUCUUGUGCGAAGUACUAUUCGCAAUUUUUAAAAUUUGUAAAAUAUCUAUUUUUAAUACUUGCGUAAUGGAAUUAAAUGAAUUGUGUUUUGC